CUUUCCUGGUGGGGGCGGGCACGGGGGCCUUCGGGAACGUGGGGUGGGAGCACUUGCCUGGGGACUUGAUGUUGGGAGCUGGGCAGGACUGAAAUAGGGCCAUGGACAAAGCCUUAGCUAAGGUCUACCGGGAGCAGUGUAGGGGUGGGGUCUGGAUGGGCUUGGCUGGAGCUGGGCGGGGCAUGGCUCAAGCAUGGCUGGGGUAGGCGGGGAUUGGCUGGAGGGAAGGAUCUGGGCGGGGCAAGUAUGGGGCUGAGGCGAUGGGGUGUGGGGCUGCAGUGGGGAAAGGCCCGGAGCUUGGACCCUCAGACGCUUCCUCUUGAACCCGGUUUCUCUACCCCUCCCUUUCUGGGACGAAGAUGGGGCUGGAGGCCUUCCCCUUCAACCAGGUCAAGGGCCCAGGGGCCAGCGAUGAGUCGGACCCGUGGCUCUGGGGCCAGGCCUGCCGAUGGGUCCAGCCAACUGAUAGACCUGGAAGCUAACCAGCGUCUUCUCUUUGCCUUGAUAUUCGGGGUCCAGGGAAUUGGCAGGCUGAUCUCUGGUGUUAGAGUUGGGGAGGAUGGGUGGGUCGGUGAUUUUGAAGAGGGUUCAUGGAGGCCGGGCCUGAGGCGCGGCUGUCCCCCUCUCCCCCCACACUGCCCCCCUGCAGACAGCGUGGAGGAUGAGUUUGAACUGUCCACGGUGUGUCACCGGCCAGAGGGUCUGGAGCAGCUGCAGGAGCAAACCAAAUUCACGCGCAAGGAAUUGCAGGUCCUGUACCGGGGCUUCAAGAAUGAGUGUCCCAGCGGAAUUGUCAAUGAGGAGAACUUCAAGCAGAUUUACUCUCAGUUCUUUCCUCAAGGAGACUCCAGCACAUAUGCCACUUUUCUCUUCAAUGCCUUUGACACCAACCAUGAUGGCUCUGUCAGUUUUGAGGACUUUGUGGCUGGUUUGUCGGUGAUUCUCCGGGGAACCAUAGAUGACAGACUAAACUGGGCCUUUAACUUGUAUGACCUCAACAAGGAUGGCUGCAUCACCAAGGAGGAAAUGCUUGAUAUCAUGAAAUCCAUCUAUGACAUGAUGGGCAAGUAUACCUAUCCUGCACUCCGAGAGGAGGCCCCAAGGGAGCAUGUGGAGAGCUUCUUCCAGAAGAUGGACAGGAACAAGGAUGGCGUGGUGACAAUUGAGGAAUUCAUUGAGUCUUGCCAAAAGGACGAGAACAUCAUGAGGUCCAUGCAGCUCUUUGACAAUGUCAUCUAGCUCCCUAGGAAAGGGGGUCAGUUGUCCUGGGGGGACCAUACUCUAGCCCUAGUGCAGGUGGAACUAGCCCUUCUCUUCCCAGGUCUGUCCUCAUCCUAGCCCAGCCCUGGGGGCUGUAGGAAUCUAAGAGCCUGGGGAUUCAGUGGUCCAGAUUGCUGGAGCUAAAGGGGCCAGGGCAUGGGUAGAAUGUAUCUGUGGGGUGUUCCCAACUCCCAACAGCUCCCACCCUCUUCCUGCCUGACACUCAGUGCUGAGGGUACCCCUGCUAUAGGAAAUAAAUGGUUCUCCACCUUCCAUCGCCACUUUAGAAACUACAACACUAGACAAAAUGUCUCCUGCUAUGGUGCUUUCCCUAUCCCUGACCUCAUAUGCAUUUCCUCUAAGAUUUUCUUCUCAGAGAGUCUGCUCUGUCCAUGCACUGACUGGCCUUUUAGACCAGGGCCUUUGAGAGCCUUGUAGGAGGGGGACAAGAAGGCCUGAGCCAAGUGGUUAGAUCAUAGAUGGCUGGGGUAGAGUUCAGAAAGGCCUGGAGAUUGUCAGUGACACCAUAAGUCAUGCCAGACUAUAGCUCUGAGCUCCACAGGUUUGCCAUUCCAGGCUAUCAGAAUAUGAAUUUCAGGCCCUUCAGAAGACUCUUGUCUCCUUGGAAAUAUACCCUGGAAAUUUCCAUACUCUCCUCAGUAUUCCAGGAGAGCCUGGGAUCCUGAUGUUUGGCUCAUGCCUGGAAUUCCUUCCUCUCCUUACUUUCUGUUUGUGGGGGUGGAGGCAGCAGCAGGGGAAUAUGGGUGGGAGAUGUCCCAGCUGUAUCUGCCAAAGUUUUAGCCUACCCUCCCUGAUGGCUACAACUUAAGUUUUCAUUUGCCAUUUCUUCUAGACUUGGAGGUAUGGAGUGAGUCAGGGACCAUCCAGUGGAUGCCUUAGAAGAAAGGGGAAGGAGGGAGGCAGGCAUAGCAUGCGUGUGAGGGGGCAUUCACUAGAAUCUUUGAUCUACCCAGGCUCUGUUCCCACACCCCACAUAGCCUCCUGAAUUCCUACUUAGGGUCUCCUCUUGCUUUAUUCAAUCUACCAAGAGAUGCCCCUGUACACACCUAGAAGGCAGGGACCACCCUUGCCAUGCUGCCACCCUUUAAUAAACCUGCUCGUUCCAUUUAGCUCACCCUCCCAGUCAGUCAGGAUCUGAGGGGAAGGGCCCUGAGGGAGCCCCCUUUCCCAUCAGAACACUGUUGACUGCUUUGCAUUUUUGGCUCCUCUGUAUAUUUUGUAAAAUAAAAAAAUACACCAAUCCAAUAAAACACAAUGGCUAUGCA